CUCUGCCCUUGGCCCCGCCUACUGUGGCUGGGAUCACGGGAUCACUCGCUGGGAUCUCAGGGCCUCCCAGCUGCGCGGAGGGUGGGGCAGGGACGAGGCGCGCAGGCGCACUCGCACUGCGGCGGUAGCCGGGGCCUCUGGGCCCGCGGCGCCCCGCGCGUCGCGCUGUCUUUGCUGGUUCCCAACAAGGCACCUGUGGCGGCAGCGGCAGCAGUUCCGCCUUCCAGCUUCAGACUGUCAUUGCUACCCUGAGCUGCUACGCGGAAGCAGAAUGCUGCCGCCGUCUCCGCCGGGCUGGCGCCUGCUCAGGCUCGGCCUGGUCCUGGUCUCCAUCGGCACCGUCCUCGAAGCCUCAGUGCAGGCCAACUCUGCCACAGGUGCUUUGAAUGUCCUUCUCAUCAUCGUGGAUGACCUGCGCCCAUCCCUGGGCUGUUAUGGGGAUAAGCUAGUGAGGUCCCCGAAUAUCGACCAGCUGGCAUCCCACAGUCUCCUCUUCCAGAAUGCCUUUGCCCAGCAAGCAGUGUGCGCCCCGAGCCGCGUGUCCUUCCUCACUGGGAGGAGGCCUGACACCACGCGCCUGUAUGACUUCAACUCCUACUGGAGGGUGCACGCAGGAAACUUCUCCACCAUCCCCCAGUACUUCAAGGAGAAUGGCUACCUGACCAUGUCGGUUGGAAAAGUCUUUCACCCUGGUAUAUCUUCCAAUCAUAGUGAUGAUUCUCCAUAUAGCUGGUCUUUUCCACCUUAUCAUCCUUCCUCAGAGAAGUAUGAGAACACUAAGACAUGUAGGGGACAAGACGGAGAACUUCAUGCCAACCUGCUUUGUCCUGUGGAUAUAGUGGAUGUGCCCGAGGGCACCUUGCCUGACAAACAGAGCACUGAGCAAGCCAUACGAUUGUUGGAAAAGAUGAAAACAACUGGCAGUCCUUUCUUCCUGGCUGUUGGGUACCAUAAGCCACACAUCCCCUUCAGAUACCCCAAGGAAUUUCAGAAGUUGUACCCCUUGGAGAACAUCACCCUGGCUCCUGAUCCCCAGGUCCCUGAUGGCCUACCUCCUGUAGCCUACAACCCGUGGAUGGACAUCAGGCAGCGGGAAGAUGUCCAAGCCUUAAACAUCAGUAUACCCUAUGGCCCAAUUCCUGUGGACUUUCAGCGGAAAAUUCGCCAGAGCUAUUUUGCCUCUGUUUCCUAUUUGGAUACACAGGUUGGCCACCUUUUGAGUACUUUGGAUGAUCUUCAGCUGGCCAACAAUACGAUCAUUGUGUUUACCUCUGAUCAUGGGUGGGCCCUUGGUGAACAUGGAGAAUGGGCCAAAUACAGCAAUUUUGACGUCACUACUCGUGUGCCCCUGAUGUUCUACGUUCCUGGAAGGACAGCUUUGCUACCAAAGGCAGGAGAGAAGUUUUUCCCUUACCUUGAUCCUUUUGAUUCCACCACAGAGCUGAUAGAGCCAGGCAGGCAAACCACGGACCUUGUGGAACUUGUGUCUCUCUUCCCCACGCUGGCUGCACUUGCAGGACUACAGGUUCCGCCUCAUUGCCCUGUUCCUUCAUUUCAUGUUGAGCUAUGUAGAGAAGGCCAGAACCUUCUGAAGCAUUUUCAAUUCCAUGAUGUAGAAAAUGAUCCAUAUCUCCACAGUAACCCCCGUGAGUUGAUUGCUUAUAGCCAGUACCCCCGGCCUGCAGAUUCCCCUCAGUGGAAUUCUGACAAGCCAAGUUUAAAAGAUAUAAAGAUCAUGGGCUACUCCAUACGUACCAUAGACUAUAGGUAUACUAUAUGGGUUGGCUUCAAUCCUGAUGAAUUUAUGGCUAAUUUUUCUGAUAUCCAUGCAGGGGAACUGUAUUUUGUGGAUUCUGAUCCAUUAGAGGAUCACAAUAUAUAUAAUGACUCCCAACAUGGAGAACUUGCUCAAUCAUUGAUGCCUUGAGUUUUGCCACAAUGGAGGGCAAAUGUAACAUGCUCCUUUUGAGCUGGUGAGAGGAGGCAUUAGAGGUUGUUAUUUUGUCAUUACCCAUAAAAUUGGAAAGAACCAGAGUAUGAGGUAAUCAAAACAUGCAUCAAUCAUUUGGCCCAAGAGGAUGUGACAGCCAAUCCUUUUCAUUUAGUCUUUAUUAAUUUGUAAUUGUUAAUUAGGUUGGGGCUGGGCUGAGCCUUUUUCUCUUGUUUAAAAAGUCCAUAGUGUAGUCAUUUAAUAAGUACAAAAUGAACAAACCAAAAUUAUAUCAUACUUUUUUAUACCAAGGCCAUACUAACCAAAUAGUAACAUAUAUAUAAUCAAGAAAUAAUUAUUUGUGGAAUUUAGUACAUUUCAAAAAGUAACCAUGUAUCAAAUUAAGUUCUACUCUAAAUUCCUGAUUUUUAUACUUUAAUAACAUAUCUUAGGUUUACCAGUAUAUUAAAAAUAUAUUUAUUUUAAUAUCCAAUUCACAUUUCUUUCUCAAUUAUAAAGUUAAAUACUUAUUCUAGAAGCCAGUACCUUAAAGUCUAUUUUCAAUUUUCUAAGACCACAAGGUUUCAAAUUCCAAAGACAAAAUAUGCAUUAAGUUAUUAAUGUGUUAUUUUUAAAUCAAAUAAAAAACAAUGCUUAGUAGAUUAGAGAUGUAAAAUUCAUGGGAAAUUAAGUUAAAACUUUUGAGAUGUUUUCUCAGUCCAAUAAUAAUUUGUUACAGUGAAAAUAUUUAAACUACAUCCAUGGUUUGACUCGGACUCAUUUAAAUGUUCUUAUUUAGGUAUAAUUGAUUAUAGAUGUCCAUUUAUGUAGGUGGCAGGAAACAUUCUAUGUUUAAUAACUUAUUAAAGGAAACAGCAGUUUUCUUAAAUUUGUUAAAUUUUGUUAAAUUCUGAGUUAUUUUGAGGAUUGUAGAAACUUUUCAUUAGUAUAUAGUAAUUUUCAACUCCCCCCAGAAUAUAGUUCCAUAUUUCCUAAAUAAGAAAAUAACCAGAAAGGCAAGUAAUAGUUAAGCUUAGUCCAUAUUAUCUUGAAUAGAAUAUUUACAAGUUGUAUUUAUAACAUUAUGAGGCUGAUCAAAUAUCAGAAAUCAUCAAAACAACAUCUUUCUCAGUAAAUAUCUAAAAUAGUCUGUCUUGUAUCAAAAUGAGUAAUUUUAGUAAUUUUCUCUUUACAAAUGGCUCACUCAGUGUUUCAAGGUAAAUGUGAAAUAAAAUAUAGCAAAUUAGAUUAAGUUACUGUGGUGCAUUGAAUUGUGACCAAAAUGACAAGAUAUUAUAUUAAAAUUAUUGAAAUUUUAAAGGCAUUUUUAACUAAUUAGCUUAUGAUAGAAAUGUAUAUAACAUAGUGAUCUUCUAUGCAGUUGAGUGACUUAGGCAACAAUUUUUAUUUAAGGAGUAAAGGGUUCUAUUUAUCUCUCCCAAUUCCAGAAUUUCACUCUCCUUUGGAAGCUUCAGCUUUUGUAGAUGGUUUGCCUCAGCUUUUUCUUUCUCAUUAUUUGUCUUUUUUAUUGCUCUCUUCGUGUGUACUAACUUUUAUGAUAUAGUCUAGAAAUCCUCUUGACAUAUUUGCAGUGUAUUUAGCUCUAUCUCCUACUUUACAGUUAUCAUGAUAAGUUUUAAUUUAGGUUCUCAUUUCAUAUCCAUUUGUAGCUCCUGGUUGGCUACAAUAUGUAUGUUUCAUUUUUCUUACUGAUUUCCUGAAGCCCAGUUUUAGUAUAAAAAAUCUCCAAAUUCUCCUCUUGAUGAGUCCUAAGCUGAACUGUGCUGUCCACUUGGUAGCCACUAGGCAUAUGUGGCUAUUUAAAUAUAAUUUAAUUUAAAUGAAAUAAAAGUUAAAAAGAAGAUUCCCAGCCAUACCAUAUUUCAAGUGCUUGCUAACCACAGAUCUAGAGCAUUUCCAUCAUGGCUGAAGGUUCAGUUGAACAGAGCUGUCCUGGAUUAUCUCUAGAUUUGAGCUGGAUUGCUGGCUGUUGGUGAGUUACUCCUGCGAGAAAUUUCUUUAUCCUAAACUUUCCCACAAAGACUUGUCAGGAGGUGAGCAAAGUAUGUUUGGUUUAGGCGUAGAGUAAGUAGUGAGUUCACAGUGGUCUCUUCCUCUCCACUUCCAUCACCAUUGCCUCAGUCCUUCUCCCCUCUUUCCCAAGUAGUUUACCUCCCCUCCUCUUUCCUCCCCUUUUCCUAAAGGAAUCCAUGUGUCUUCCUAAAAUCCCUCUUGCCCCUGCCCUUUGAGAACACCGUCAGUGCCUACUAUGGGUCUAGACAGACCUCCGCUGAGCAGUCAGAGUCUUCCCUGGCUCCACGAUGCCCCUGCCCUUGGCUGACUUUCCCUUGCCAGUCCCUGCCUCCCCCUCCUAGCUGUGGCCCAUCCUCUCUUCACCUACCCACUCAUAGCCAUUUUUCACAGCCUGGCUCCUGUGCCCCUACCAAGAGGCUGAAGCUUUUGUGGAUCUCUAGUGUGUUUUGGGAUGAAAUGAACACCCCUGAAAGGUCUUCUGUUCACCUUACUUUAAAAAGUGUGUUUUUUUCUAAUUACAAAUUGAAGUGUUAAUUAUAAAAAAAAUUCAGAAAACAGAAAUGUAGUAAAAGGUGAAAAAAAGUAUGUUUUAUCUUAAAUAAUCACUUAAUAUCUUGUCUUUUUGGGGGUAUGAAUUUUUCACAUUGCUGUGAGUACACUAUGUUCUUAAUCAUGAAAUUUAUGUUCUUACUUUUCCACUAACUAGUAUGUGUGGUUAUUACAGAUUUUUGCAAAGAUACUUUGUAUUGCUGGUAAUAUAUUUUAUUGUGUAGUUUUAUUGUAAUUUAAUCUUCUUUCAAUUGUUGGAAACCUAGGUUAUAUACAGAUUUUCAGUAUUAUAAAUAAUGCUGUGAUGAUCAACUUAGUGAAUAAAGAAUUUCUAUGUAUUUCAAAUUAUUCCCUUAGGAGAGUCUCUCAGUGCCAAAUUGUCAAAAAACAAACCUAUGUUCUCCUUUCCUAACUCUUUCGCUACCUUAGGGUACUAAAGUUAAAAAUAGAGUCAGCAAGCAUGCAAAUAAAAAACAUACAGCAAAAAAGCACUAUUACAAUAAUAGGUGAAAGUGAAAGUGAUAUCCUGUUUUAUCUUUUAAUUCUUUAUUGGUGACACCUUUAUCAUUGUUCACUCUGUAUGAUUGUUCGACACUUGGCAUUUGCUGCUAUAUGAAUUUUCCUUUCAAUUUUAUUUAUCAAUUUUACUUUUUAAAGUAAGUGAAUAAAUCAAUAUUUUCCUGUGUGAUAUUUUUCCUAUUGAAUACGGAGACCCCUUCCCAAUCUGGAGUGAAUAAAUAGUCAUUUUUCCUUGA